AUGAUCUUACUGAUUGAUGCAAAUAAUACCCAAUAUCAUCCAAAAGUACAUCAUUCCUUGACUACAUUCUAUAGUAUUGUACCAAUAAUUAUUUUGAUUAUUGGAAUACCUGGUAAUCUUCUAUCAAUGGUGAUUUGGUUAAAACGUAUAUCGGUGACAGUAGGUUCAACAAGUCUAUUAAUUGGAGUUAUGUGUAUGACAGAUACUUAUGUUGUCGCACAUGGUUGUUUAAGACAAUGGAUAAUUGGCAUAACCGAUGAACAAACGGAUAUACGUAUCAAAUUAAAUUGUGGUAUACCCCUAUUCUUAUUUACAUUUACAACAGAUUUAUCAACAUGGAUAAUUAUAUUAUUGUGUAUUGAAAGAGCUAUCUGUGUAUGGACACCGGUUAGAUUUAAACAAUGGUGUAGACUAGAACACGGGAUCACUGCACUUGUAAUAGUGAUAUUAAGUUUAAUCAGUUUAAAUAUUCAUUAUGUAUGGACUGUACACGUGAAUGAUAAUUCAUGUGCACCAAAACCAGAAUAUAGAGCAUUUCAUUUUUAUUGGCCGUAUAUAGACUUUGCAAUUUACUCCUUUAUUCCAUUAGCCUUUAUACUACUGGUAAAUAUUAGUAUUAUAUGGCGGAUGAAGACGACUAGUUUAGCGGUGAAACAUGCACGAAACACAGCAACAACAACAAAAACAGUUCUACCGAAACCAGCAUCAUCUACAAUGUUAAAUACUACAACAUCUUCUUCACAAGGUAAAACAAUUCUACAAAAGGAUAAAUCAUCAAAACAUCGUGAACAACGUUCAUCUCGUGUGCUAAGAACAGUUGUCUGUAUGACUAUAAGUCAUUUUGUUUUAACAAUGCCAAUUGUCUUUUAUUAUUUAUUUGAAUAUAGAUUUUGUAUUGAUAGUGGGGAAUGGAUUAAUGUUUGUGAUACAAUUGAAAGAGUUACAGUUAUUUUACAAAUGAUUAAUCAUAUGACACAUUUUUUUAUUUAUUCAUGUACAUCAAGUAUAUUCCUAUCAGAUUUCAAUCGUUUGUGUAAAACAAAACAAUUAAAGUGUUGUCUAUCGUUGAGUACACCAAAUACUCGAUUAAUUAAUAAUUAUAAUGAAAAUACAACGAUAAUAGCUAGUGUUCCUGUUUGUACUACUCCAUGUACUGCGCCUUCUUUAACUACAACUGCUGAUAAUCACAUGGUUACUUGUUCUCAAUGA